GUGGAAUCUUUCCUCGUAUGUGAUCUGAGUGUCAAAGUGCUGGCAGUGGAAGAACAGAGUAACUAGAUUCGGUUUUAUAUAUGCAAUGUCAAAAUGUGGCGAUUUGGGAGGCCAUCAGGAACAGAAGUGUUAAAAAGGAGAUGCCAGGGUCCACCGAUAGCUGUAAUCAGUAACAGGGCUCUUCAGAAAACCAUUAACUUAAGACUCCAGUCAGAUGGGAUCUAUGGUAGCUUAAAGGCAUGUCGCUACUCAUUUCCAAUCAAGGUGACCAGCUCUUAUAAGAAUACAUGGAAAGAAAAGAGAACAUCGAUGUAUUCCAUCUCUGGGUUCAACCCCAGUUUCUUUUACUCCAGUGAACCAGUCACAGAUCCCAUUGAGAUCCACAAACAGAAGCUGGCAUUAUGGUUCAAUCAUCUUCCUCAAGAGGAGAGGCAGUUUGGUGGCUACUUUUCUCCCGAAACCAUGCACGUGGAGCCACGGAUUCUAGAGCGUCAUCCAGAUAAGGAUAGAGGCCUCUCAGUAAAUUUUUUUAAGACAAAGACAAAUGUUUCUACAUGUCCCUCUUUGUCUAUGGAGCAGCUGUUUGAGCCUGGUCCUAAUGUAAACAAAGCACGAGGACUAAACAUUUUGAUAUAUGGGGCCGUUGGCACUGGGAAAAGUACUGUUGUCCGUAAAUUGGUGCUGGAUUGGUGUGAUGGAUCUGUCUUGUCCCAGUUCAAACUUGUGUUGCCCUUCUCCUGUGAAGAUCUCUCCCAUUUAUCCAAACCAACAUCCCUUCGAGACCUUGUGGGCAGGAAAUACAUGCACCUUCGCAAGACACCUUAUCUUAGUGGAGAUAAUGACAUGGCUAAGGAUGUCCUCUUCAUCCUCAAUGGCAUGGAGAAGAUGAAGCUGGAUUUUCGCAUUGGCUCCACAGAGUUAUGCAGUGAUCCCAAUGAGGCUCUCCCAUCAGGAGCUGUUUUUGUGAAUCUACUUAGGAAAUACCUCCUACCUGAGGCCAGCAUUUUGCUCACAACCAGACUGUCUGCUGUGGACAGAGUUCCGAAAAAAUAUAUAAACCGCUAUGUGCAGAUCUGUGGCUUUAAUGACCCUGAUCGCCAAAGAGCCUACUUCACAAGCAGACUCUUGCUACAGAAUGAAGAAAAGCCAGGUAAGACUGCUGAGACCCUUAUAGAGAUGCUGUAUUUAAAUCUACAGCGAGAGAGUCAGUUAGCAACAGCAUGCUUCUUACCAUCCUACUGCUGGCUUACCUGCGCCACUCUUCAUCUGCUGCAUUUUACUGAUGUAAAAGCUCCAAUUAGAACACUAACUGGCCUCUACACAAGCUUCAUGAGGCUCAACUUUGGAGGAGAGGUGAUAAAUGUGGAUGGGAACGUAUCCUCACAAGAGCAAGAAAACUCACUCAUGCUGUAUGUGGUCCGCACUGUCGGGAAGCUGGCAUUUGAUGGCAUCACCAAUAAGCGGACAUCCUUCUCUGUGGAAGAACUGGAGCAGUGGGUCGGUGGUAAGACCAAGACGGAUGAAGAGCUCCGGCAACUGGCGGUGUUUCGCACAGAUGUUCUUGACUUCUUCCUGGUGCCUUGCGAUUAUCAUGGAACAAAUCUUGAUUCUGGUGAAAGACGCUAUGCAUUUUCUGUCCCAGCCAUGCAGGAAUAUCUGGCUGCUCUUUAUAUUGUUCUUGGCGAAAACAAAAGUGUCCUUGAGAAGUUGACAAGACAAGUAUCAGAGGUCUUUGGGCAAGCCAGCGAGGACAUCACAAGCUUACUGAGCAUUUUGUCUAAAGUCAUACCUUUCCGGAUCUUUGCCAUUUUUAACUUGCUUAAGUUGUUUCCAAAACUCUUCGAGCAAGUCAGCAGCCACAGCAAAGGACGGAUCGCUAGCACCAUGGCAGCAGAAAUGUUUCGUUCAGAGGAUAGCUUCAAUGAAGACGUUCUGGACCAAGUGGAACAAAGUCUGCUCGGAGUGCACGGUCCCCAACCACAGCAGGAAACUUACACCAGGGCCUUCGAACUCUAUCCUAUCUUCAUCGGUGGACUUCUUCAUUAUGGAAACAGGAAGCUGUUAGAUCAGCUUGGAUGCAACAUCAAGAGUCAGACUGUUUCUCAGAUCACUCGAGCACUCAGGAAAUAUCUGAUAAAGGAGAUUCAUAAGAAGCAGCCACCAGAGGAACUGAUGGACCUGCUUGUCCUUCUGUAUGAGUUCCAGAACCCUCGGCUUACAGCUGAAGUGUUGCAGUCCAUCAAGACCAUCAACCUGUCUACUGUGCGCAUGACCCCACUAAAGUGCUUUGUGUUGAGCACGGUGCUGGGCUGCACACGCUCUAACUUCCGUCUGGAUGAGCUCAACCUCUCCUCCUGCCACAUCACUCCAGAGUUACUGCAGAUGCUUUGGCAAGCCUUCAAUCACACUUGCAUCCUCAAUCUCCAGUUUAACAGUCUGGGUCCAGAGUCCUGCAUUCUUCUGCGAGAUCUGCUACUUGAGCCCAACUGUACAAUUAAGUCACUACAGUUGUGUGAUAACUACCUGUCGGACACAGGCAUCAGUCAUCUACUGGAUGCUCUGUCUGGUAACCACUCUCUGCAGCAGCUGUCUCUGAUGCACACAGGCCUUGGGGACAGUUCAGCACAGCUGUUGGCAGAGAGACUGGGUCAGCAUGAUAGGUUAAAGGAACUGAAUGUGGCCUACAACAACAUAGGAGACAGUGCAGCUCUUAAACUGGUCGAUGCCUGUCGAGAGCACCCCAACAUCCACACAGUACAUCUGUACCUGAACCAGCUGACUGAUGUGGGAAAGCAGUCACUGUAUAUACGUGGUGAUCCUCGGUUGAAGGAGGGCCGGCACGUGAAGGUUCUGGCUUCUGUGACCGAGGGCUCUAAAAUCUCUGAAGACUGGCACCCCAUUCUGAACGUUAUUGGGAAAAACUCCCUUUCCUGGGAGAGGAAGCGUGUACGUGAGCAUCUGCUUGCCUUCUUGAAAGAUCUAGAAUGGGGUCGGAAACAGCACCCAAGUUUCUGGAAGAAGCUGCACUUCCGGCGAGUGGAGAGCGUUGUGAGGCAAACCCUGAGUAUACUGGAGAAGAGCAGUGAUACAGGAACAGGGACUGGUACAAAAUAGGAGUAAAUUGAAUAGUGACUAAUUUUUCUAAUUAGUGACCUCAAUAUUUCCCAGUGAUCUUCCAUUUGUUAAAUGUUAAUUUGAUUGUUUAUGAGUGAAUCCGUUUUUUUUUUUUUGGUUACUUCAUUAUAAAAAUACUGUGACAUUUGCAUUUUAUUUAAUUGUUUCAUUGAAUAUUUGGUACUCCAAAAUAUGUUGGGUCACUACUUGAAAACUUGUGCUUGUUGCACAUUGGCACACGUUUGUCGCCAUUUCCUAUGCAUAUGUGUUCAGAUUCUUUUGUUAUGAUAAAUUUAGGUAUGGUUCACACUUCCCACAGUCGGAUUUGUGUGUGCAUGAUCAAUAUCUUCAAACUGUGCUUCAGUGUCAAAUGGUAUUUUAACUAAGACAAGUUGUAAGCCUGAAAACCUACUUCUGCAAUAGUAAUAUAUCUUAAUUUGAUCUGUGAUUAGAUUUUUUAUAUUAUUAAAAAAAUAUAUAUAUUUCCACUGAAAUGUGCUAUACAGUCACAGCAAAAUGUAAAAUAUAUAAAUAUUAAUAA